UCGCUUCUAUUUAUUAAUUCCUAUCCCAAUAAUAUUCCACAAUCGCCUUGUUUGUUGUUUUAGUAUCAAUGUCAAAUAGAAAUUCGAAUCACUCAACGAUCGAGUGGGAAAUGGAUGAUUUAUAAACUGCGCUGCGUGAAAGUUGACGAUUUGAAUUUCUGACACGAUAAAGAAAAUUUGGCACUGUAAAUUACCAGUACUGAGCGUUCCUUAUACAAUAUGGCGUCGUUGAGGCAAUUUCACGUAUUAUUCGACAAACCAAGCGCCACAUAUGAGCCCGGUGAAACUGUCAGUGGAAAAAUUAUCAUAGAUACGGUAAAAAAGGAAUAUGUUAAAGGACUAUAUUUCAUUGUAAAAGGAGGGGCAUUUGCUUAUUUUUUGCGAGAUGACCCAAUGCUAUCAAAAAGCACGUUAUACGUUAUGAAGUCGGAGGAUUACUUCGUUUUGAAGCAUGACAUACUUAAUAUUUCAGAGGGUGAGUUAGAGCGUGAAAUCCCCAAAGGACGUACCGAGUAUCCAUUUAUCUUCACAUUGCCCCAUAAUAUACCAUGCAGCUUUGAAUUCGAGUGUGGCUACAUAAGAUACACGAUGAAUGUCGUUAUGGAAAGACCGUUUACAUUUGUUCACAAGUGCAGAACAGCGUUCAGCGUAAUUUCGUGUUUAGACUUGAACAGUUAUCCUGAAAGAUGCAUCGGAAUCCACGAUGAAAUGGACAAGAAUUUCGGUUUCAUGUGCUGGAUGGGCGGAGCCUCGUUGAAGUUACAGAUCGUGAUGCCUUGCACUGGAUUCGUACCAGGGCAGAUAAUAGCUGCAAGGAUAGAGUACUGGAGUACCUCGAAUAUACCGAUUAGGAAAAUGAGCACAAAAUUAGUACGAACAAUCCGUUGUAUCACGGAAGGAAAAACACUGCCUCAUAAAGCUGUAUUAGAAAAAACUAGGCAUAUGCAACUAUGUCCUAAUCAGCGCGUAACAUUGAAGAUUUUAACACCACCAAUAGCACCCUCUGAACUUGAAUAUUGUAAAAUAAUGGACAUUCAUUACAAGUUGGUCGUCUCUAUUCACGUUUCGAGACCGUAUUCUAAAAUUAAGAGAAGUUAUCCUAUUCUGAUCGGAACGGUACCAUUAUAUCGUCCAGCUUCGACAGUUCCGCGUAGAGUCGCAUUCUCCUUCCCAACACCAUCUACAUCACAGCUGGCUAUAACCUCAACUCCAAUAUGGAAGCAAGGGGAAUCAAGUGCCUCAAAUAUUCGGCAAGAAGAACAAGCUAACACUUCUUCGGCUUACCUGGAUAUACCACCACCAUCUUAUGAAGAAAGUAGUUUUAAAACUUCAAACAUUAGAGAUGACAAAGAGACGGAAUUCAUAUUCGGUGCGGACAGUCCUUUUUCGCCUAAGUAUCCUGUGUUUAACUAUCCAGCACCAAGUAAGAUCAUGAAUUCAUUAAGAAACAAUCUAAGUGGUUUUAAUCGUAUAGUAAAUUUUCGGUUGAAUUUCUUGUCUUCCAGAGUUACCCGGUGA